AGGAAAUUCAGCGGGAAACCUCUCCCAUGGAAGAAUCCAGAAUGCCAUCGUUGCUUCUCUUUGCUCGCACUCGUAUCCGAGUAUAUAAUUCCCCUCCUCUGCUCCCUGCGUUCUCCAUAACCUCAAAGCAAUCGAAAUUUGCAGUCUUGGUUGAUCGAUCUGCUGCUUGCCUUCUUCUCUCUCGUUGACGAUAUCUCCCACAAUCCCAUUGACUCACUUAGUCUGUCGUGCGCGCGGUAGUGUGGAACAAUGGCGGACGUUCAGAUGGCUGAUGCUGAGACCUUCGCUUUCCAGGCUGAGAUCAACCAGCUGUUGAGCCUGAUCAUCAACACCUUCUACAGCAACAAGGAGAUCUUCCUUCGUGAGCUCAUCAGCAAUUCAUCCGAUGCAUUGGACAAGAUCAGAUAUGAGAGUCUCACCGAUAAGAGCAAGCUCGAUGCUCAGCCCGAGCUGUUCAUCAGGCUCCUCCCUGACAAGGUCAACAAGACCCUUUCCAUUAUCGAUAGCGGGAUCGGCAUGACUAAAGCAGAUUUGGUGAACAAUUUGGGUACGAUUGCACGAUCUGGGACCAAGGAGUUUAUGGAGGCAUUGCAGGCUGGGGCUGAUGUCAGCAUGAUCGGACAGUUCGGUGUCGGUUUCUAUUCGGCUUACCUCGUUGCGGAGAAAGUGAUAGUGACGACCAAGCACAAUGACGAUGAACAAUACAUCUGGGAGUCACAGGCUGGUGGUUCCUUCACUGUGACAAGGGACACCACCGGGGAGCAACUUGGCAGAGGAACCAAGAUCACCCUCUUCCUCAAGGAGGAUCAGUUGGAAUACUUGGAAGAGAGGAGAAUCAAGGACCUCGUGAAGAAGCAUUCUGAGUUCAUCAGUUAUCCUAUUUACCUGUGGACUGAGAAGACCACUGACAAAGAAAUCAGUGAUGAUGAGGAUGACGAGCCCAAGAAGGAAGAGGAAGGAGACAUUGAGGAUGUCGAUGAGGAGAAGGAAGAGAAGAAGUCCAAGAAGAAGAAGAUCAAGGAAGUCUCUCACGAGUGGCAACUCAUCAAUAAGCAGAAACCCAUCUGGCUGCGGAAACCAGAAGAGAUUACCAAGGAGGAGUACGCCAGCUUCUACAAGAGCCUCACAAACGACUGGGAAGAUCACCUGGCCGUGAAGCACUUCUCAGUGGAGGGGCAACUCGAAUUCAAGGCCAUCCUCUUCGUCCCGAAGCGUGCACCAUUUGAUCUCUUUGACACCCGCAAGAAGAUGAACAACAUCAAGCUCUACGUGCGGAGGGUGUUCAUCAUGGACAACUGUGAGGAGCUCAUCCCUGAGUACCUCGGGUUCGUGAAGGGAGUUGUUGAUUCUGAUGAUUUGCCCCUCAACAUUUCCCGUGAGAUGCUGCAGCAGAACAAGAUCCUGAAGGUUAUUAGGAAGAAUCUCGUAAAGAAAUGCAUCGAAAUGUUCAAUGAGAUCGCGGAGAACAAGGAAGACUACAACAAAUUUUAUGAGGCCUUCUCAAAGAACUUGAAGUUGGGUAUCCAUGAGGAUAGCCAGAACAGAGCCAAAUUAGCUGAUCUGCUCCGAUACCACUCAACAAAGAGUGGAGAUGAGAUGACUAGCUUGAAAGACUAUGUCACGAGGAUGAAGGAGGGCCAGAAGGAUAUCUACUACAUUACCGGUGAGAGCAAGAAGGCUGUUGAGAACUCUCCAUUCUUGGAGCGGCUGAAGAAAAAGGGAUAUGAAGUUCUAUUUAUGAUCGAUGCAAUUGAUGAGUAUGCUGUUGGGCAGUUGAAGGAAUACGAGGGCAAGAAGCUGGUCUCUGCUACCAAGGAAGGCCUAAAGCUUGAUGAUGAGACUGAGGAGGAGAAGAAGAAAAAGGAGGAGAAGAAGAAAUCCUUCGAGAACCUCUGCAAGACGAUAAAGGACAUCCUCGGAGACAAGGUCGAGAAGGUGGUGGUGUCCGACAGGAUUGUGGAUUCGCCCUGCUGCUUGGUGACUGGAGAGUAUGGGUGGACCGCCAAUAUGGAGAGGAUCAUGAAGGCCCAGGCUCUGAGGGACAACAGCAUGAGUUCCUACAUGUCAAGCAAGAAGACCAUGGAGAUCAAUCCCGACAAUGGAAUCAUGGAGGAGCUGAGGAAGAGGGCUGAGAUUGACAAGAAUGAUAAGUCGGUGAAGGACUUGGUGCUGCUGCUGUUUGAGACCGCCCUGCUCACUUCUGGUUUCAGUCUCGAUGACCCCAACACCUUUGCUGCAAGGAUCCACAGGAUGCUGAAGCUCGGUCUCAGUAUUGAUGAGGAAGAGGGAGCUGCCGAUGAUGCUGACAUGCCAGCUUUGGAGGAGGAAGGUGCUGAGGAGAGCAAGAUGGAGGAAGUAGACUAGACGUGGUUUGGGUAGGCAUAUAAAUUGUGAACCUGCCUUCUAUUUCCUGAUUACUAUAAGUGGAUAUAUGUCUCUGUUUUGGUAAUUGUUCGCAUACAAGGGCAGUGUCCGGGCGGGGAAAGUUCCAUUUUGACUUGUCAUUGCGUGUCAUAUGUGAUGUCCUUUUGCCUCAGUUAAUGUGAGAAUUGAGUUCCCCCCCUAA